GCAGGUGAUUGAAGAAAUUGAGGAAAUGAUGCAAAAUUCACCUGACCCUGAAGAGGAAGAAGAGGUUUUAGAGAAGGAUGACGGUGGGGACACAAGCAGUCAGGCUGAUUCAGUCCUUUUGCAAGAGAUUCAGGCUUUGUCGCAAAGCCUGAACAACAACUGGUCAUGUGAAGGUUUGGGGCACAUGUCUGUCUCGGAGCUUUCAGAGCUCCUGGAUCGAGUGGAAGGCACAAUUCAGGAUUACUCGGAGGAGCUGGUGCAGCAGCUGGCUCAUCGAGAUGAGCUGGAGUUUGAGAAGGAGGUGAAGAACUCCUUCAUCACGAUCCUGAUGGAAGUGCAGAACAAGCAGAAAGAACAUCGAGAGAUGAUGAAAAGGAGGAGGAAAGAAAAAGGAUUGAGUCUGCAGAGCAGUCGAAUAGAAAGGGCAGCUCAGAUGCCUCUCAAGCGGUUCAGCAUGGAAGGAAUUUCAAAUAUCCUGCAAACUGGCAUCCGGCAGACGUUUGGAAAUUCAGCAACUGAGAAGCAGUAUUUGAACACUGUUAUCCCAUAUGAGAAGAAAGGGGCACCUCCUUCAGUUGAGGACUUACAAAUGCUUACAAACAUUCUCUUUGCAAUGAAGGAAGACAACGAAAAAGUCCCUACGCUGCUGACCGACUACAUUUUAAAAGGUAACAGUAGGAACAGAAGAAGCAGCCUCCUGCUGAGUCAGAUGACCGGUCCGUUUUGCCUAGGGUUACCUCCUCGAUUCAGCAGAAAUUCUUCUGCAACUCAGAAGUCUUAGAUCUUUUUUUUAACUGAUAUCUGAUCCUUUCACUGGAGGUACCUGGGAGUGACUGUGUAGCCUUUUCUACAGAGGCCAAAAGAAAAGAUGCUGCGAUGAAUGUCUUUCUCAGCCUGGACUGUAUCUCAUAUCCUUCAGUUUCUAGCCCCCGUGUUAGGAUGCUUAGCAAUAAAUAGCCUGCUGAGUUUCUUUUUCCCCUGGUGUGUAGUUUUAUUGUGAUUCCCCUCCACCUUUGCCAUCCAUUUGUUAGGGAAACAAGAUUGACUUGCAGGCCUCCACUGAUUUUUAUUACACUGCCCUGCAUACACAUGCAUUCAAUAAAAUGAAUGCAUGUAUAUUUUAAAUCUGUACAUUUUGUUGAACAGGUUUUAACAAUGAGAGUCAGGUUUCAAAGCCUGAAUUUGCUUUUGGAGGCAGGGGUUGAUGGUCUUGUGCCUUCCCAGUUCAUCGGUAAUGCUUGUAGUAGCCGUUCAUAGAAAUAGGAGCAACAGUUUCACCCAAGUUUAGGCUUAGAGAGAGAAUAUUGAAGUUAAACUAGAUUUUUUUAAAAAGCCAUAUAUGAUUGGGACAUUGUGAGAGAUCAACAACAAUAAAAAGAAUUCUCAAAUUCAGCUGCCUACUAUUGUGUGUGUGCAAGGGAUCCUGGUGUGCAUAUUUUCUCAGUAGUGCAUGCUGCUUGAAUUAGUGCAUCUGGUGCUGGGUCUGGAUGAAUCUAAUUUCCUUGCACUAAUUUGAAGGAAAGUAGGUGGAAGAUAUAUUGUCCUCAUCAGUGAUUGUCUUUUGCAGAGUCAGCCAUUGCAACUAGACAAGUUAAUCCUUGGGAACAUUUUAAUGAUUUUUUUUAUUAAGUUUAUGCUCUUAGCGGUAAAAGCAUAAUUCAUCUGACUGAAGAUUCUGUAGACUGAAUUUCCUCUCUUUCCCUUUCUCCCUUUUUUCCCCUUCUUUCCCU